AUGAAGCUCUCCGGGAUUCUCUCGAUAUUGUUGCAAGCAGCGGCCAUUCGUCGAUCAAGGCUUUGUGUCGUCAAGACGUAUGGCGAUGGGAUUACCGACGACUCAGAUAACAUCCUUUCCGCCUUCCACGGGUGUAACAAUGGGGGUCAUGUGCUCUUCCCCAGAGGAAAGGUGUACGUAAUUGGUACUGCCAUGGACUGGACCUUUCUGAAGCACAUCGACAUAGAUAUCCAAGGACGCAUCCGCUUCACCAACGACACGGCCUACUGGCAGGCCCAUUCGUUUCGUUUCAUCUUCCAGAACGUCACGUCUUUCUUCAAGCUUGGCGGCGAAGAUGUGUGGAUCUAUGGCGGUGGAACACUGGACGGUAACGGGCAGGUUUGGUACGAUACAUACGCCGCCAACGCUUAUACCUUGCGGCCAGUACUGGUUGGCAUUGACGGGCUGAAGGACAGCGUUCUGUCAGACCUGGUGCUCCGGCACAGCCCGCAGUAUUACCACUUCGUUGCAAAUGCGAGCAAUAUUGUGUUCAACAACAUCAGUAUCGCCGGCGACAGUACGAGUAAGAACACUGCUAAAAAUACCGACGGUUGGGACACGUAUCGAAGCCGAGACGUAACCAUCAUGAACUCCGUUGUCAACAAUGCCGACGACUGCAUAUCGUUCAAGCCCAACAGCACAGAUAUUCUGGUCCAGUCGCUCUUUUGCGCCGGCUCGCACGGGAUCAGCGUCGGCAGUCUCGGUCAAUAUGUGGGCGAGUUCGACAUCGUUGAGUCGAUCAUGGUCAGCAAUGUCAGUAUGCAUAACGCUUCUGAUGGUGCCCGCAUCAAGGUGUGGCCCAAUACGGCAUCGGCAAUGUCGAGCGACCUCCAGGGCGGCGGGGGUUCAGGCAGCGUUCGCAAUAUCACGUACGAGGAUAUGCUCAUCGACAACGUGGACUAUGCCAUUGAGAUCACUCAGUGUUAUGGCCAGCGCAACCUAGCCCUCUGCCAGCAGUAUCCCAGCUCGCUGACGAUUGAGAACAUAGUCUUUCGACGAUUCAAAGGCAGGACGAGCGCGAAGUACAGACCGCUUAUCGCGGCAUUCGCAUGUAGCAGUGCCAAGGUGUGUAGUAAUAUCCAUGCGACCGACAUUAAUGUCGUCAGCCCAGGCGGUACACGCCAGGCAUAUUGCUUGAACCAACAAGAAACGAACCUCGAUGCCGAUUGCACGAACAACUAUAAGGGGUUUAACUGA